CACUUGGAUCUCACAGGAUUUGAUGCAGCGGCGCAACGGCCGAUGCUCACUAUCUUGGUGCCCCUCGCGUCGGCUUUGUGCAUACCCCAGGCUCCUCACAUACCCACGGCAAUGACCUCAAUGUUGAUAUAUCUUAUCCACAGUUCCAAGGCGGGAUGAUGAUGUCCCAAGCCCACGGCAGCGAUACUCCACCGGCCCCACCGCCCCCUAUCUCCUCGAUCUCAGCAUGGCCUCCCACCCCAACUCUGGACCGCACACUCCCUCUGCCGAUGACGAAAAGCGUAGCAUGACCCAGCAGGAUGUUGUCGAGGUCGUCAACAACCCCUCCCACCCCGUUCAGUACACCAGAUGGCAAAAGUUUGUCUCUGCGGUCUGGGACCCAGACUACUACCUCAAGUCGGAGGCCGAGCGUCGCCUUGUUCGCAAGCUUGACACGUACAUGCUCCUCAUUGACCAAACCAACUUGGCCAACGCCUACGUCUCGGGCCUCAAGGAGGACCUCCACAUCCAGGCCAAUGAAUACACUCGCAUGUUGACCAUCUACAAUGCCGUCUACUGCGUGCUCCAAGUCCCUUCCAACAUGAUCGUCAUGAAGGUUCGCCCGUCGUGGUGGCUGGCUGGUUGUGAACUGGGCUGGACAAUCUUCACGUUCGCCCAGGCGGCCGCUCAGACUGUACCCCAGAUGUACGUCUUUCGCUUCUUUGUCGCCUUCUUCGAGGCAGCGUUCCAGCCCGUCUCCUACUUCUUGCUGGGCUCGUGGUACACCAAAAAGGAACUCGGCAAGCGCAUGGCUAUUUGGUUCUCGGCUGCUCCUCUGGGCAAUGCCUUCUCUGGAUACAUGCAGGCGGCCAUCUACAAGGGUCUGAACGGCAACCACGGCAUCGCUGGCUGGCGUUGGCUGUACAUCGUCUGCGGCUGCAUGACUCUCCCGGCAGUCGUGUGCGUCUUCUUCCUCGUCCCCGACUUCCCAAACACUACCAAGGCGUGGUACAUUACCGAGGAAGAGCGCGAGAUGGCCAGGAAGCGCUGCGCCAACAAUGGCACUGAAGAUGUCCACAACGUCGUCUCAUGGAGCGCCUUUGUCGACAUGGCCAAAGGCUGGCGCUUCUGGCUCAUCCCCUUCAUGUACAUCUUCUAUGGCUUCUGCGUACAGGCGUACCAGUACUUUGGUAUCUUCCUCAAAUCGGCUGGCUUCUCGGUCGAGAUGCGCAACAUCCUCCCCUCGUCGUCCUGGAUCGCCUCCGUCCCCUUCCAGAUGUUCAUUGGGUACAUUUCGGACAAGACGGGCUCGCGAUUCGAGGUGAUCAUGUCGGUUCUCUCCCUGCAGCUCAUCCCCGCCGUCAUCCUUGCCAUUUGGCCCAAGAGCACCGACCUCAAGAUUGGCGCCUUCUUCAUGAACGUCAUCUUCUUCACCACCUCGAUCAUUUACACUUGGAUCAGCGAGAUCUGUCAUGCCAACGCCCAGGAGCGCGGCGUUGUUCUUGGUCUGACCAACACGGCCUUCUUCGCCGUCAACGCCUGGCUGCCCAACGUCGUCUUCCUCCAAACCGACGCCCCCAGCUUCCGCAAGGGCUUCCCAACUCUCCUCGCCUGCCUUGUCUCGUGCAUGAUCCUGGUCUGCGUCGUCAGGAUCCUGUACACCAGGCAGGAGAAGAAGCGGGCCAUCGAGGCAGGCCUCGUGGACGGCGACGUUGAGCAGACGGGUGUGGGUAUCAAGCACUAGUUCUCAUGGUCUGGGUGAGCAUAACCUGCUCUACGAGGAAUUUAGCAGUGAAAGUUGUUGGUAGUAGCAAGCAAGUAGGGCAAGAAUGAAUGGUUGUACGUGUGGG